AAAUCAUACAGUCACAGCAAAGAGGCGGGAGCAAAACAAGUGUGUUUUACAUGAGCUUUGCUGCAGUCGCGGCUGUGUCCAGUUUAUCGAAAUGGCGGAGACGGCAGACAGAAUGGAGGUGUCCCAGGGAGAGAGCUCAGCGAAACCUGCAGCUGAAGACAUGACGUCCAAAGACUAUUACUUUGAUUCCUAUGCACACUUUGGCAUUCAUGAGGAGAUGCUAAAAGAUGAAGUUCGUACUUUGACGUACAGAAACUCCAUGUUUCACAACAAGCAUCUCUUCAAAGAUAAAGUUGUGCUGGAUGUGGGAAGUGGUACUGGCAUCCUCUGUAUGUUUGCAGCCAAAGCUGGAGCCAAGAAAGUUAUUGGGAUUGAGUGCAGCAGUAUAUCAGACUAUGCUGUGAAGAUUGUGAAGGCCAACAAGCUGGAUCAUAUCGUCACUAUAAUUAAGGGCAAAGUGGAGGAGGUCGAGCUUCCUGUGGAAAAUGUAGACAUAAUCAUCUCUGAGUGGAUGGGCUACUGUCUCUUCUAUGAAUCCAUGCUUAACACCGUCAUUUAUGCCAGGGACAAAUGGCUGAAACCUGAUGGCCUGAUUUUUCCUGACAGAGCCACCCUCUAUGUCACUGCUAUCGAGGAUCGGCAGUACAAGGAUUACAAAAUCCACUGGUGGGAGAACGUGUAUGGAUUUGACAUGUCCUGUAUUAAGGAAGUGGCCAUUACAGAGCCGCUGGUGGAUGUUGUUGAUCCCAAACAGCUUGUUAGCACUGCUUGCUUAAUUAAGGAGGUGGACAUCUACACCGUGAAGAUUGAGGACCUGUCCUUCACGUCACCUUUCUGCCUGCAGGUGAAAAGAAACGACUACAUUCAUGCUCUGGUAACCUACUUCAACAUAGAGUUCACUCGCUGCCACAAGAGGACAGGCUUCUCUACCAGCCCAGAGUCUCCUUACACUCACUGGAAGCAGACUGUGUUCUACCUUGAUGACUAUCUGACAGUAAAGACUGGAGAGGAGAUCUUUGGCACUAUCAGCAUGAAGCCCAACGUCAAGAAUAAUAGAGACCUGGACUUUACUGUCGACAUUGACUUCAAGGGUCAACUUUGUGAGGUGUCCAAGACAUCAGAGUACAGAAUGCGCUAGUUUCCAUUAGCAUCAGUGCACAUGUGUGGAGCAAAUCAAGAGAGCAGUGUAUGCCUGUGUGUUAAACCAUGACCCUUUGUUCCAUGACUGCGCAGUUUUAGAGAUCUUGUUUUGCAGAAUGUUGUCUGACAUGGAGGAUUUAGAAUUGUUUUGUAAGUGAACUCUUGAUUUUGUGUAAAAUGCGCACGAGAGGACUAAACAUGGCAGAUUUUACCGUGUUUUUUCCAUCUUGUGUGUUAAACCUUUUUGGCCCUGCCUUUUUCAAAGUUUAGAUGCACCAUCUGGGAAAGGAUUCCUUGAGUUCAUACACACAUGCACACACUUGCGCCUGCUCUUUGCCCUCUGUCUGCAUCUGAGACAUGUCAUUCAUGUAUGUUUUUUUUUUUUCCCCUGCCAUGCCAGCAUGUCUUUGUUGGUGACAAAAAAAUGCUAAUCAGCCAUAUCUUUUGAUAAUCCAUCUGGUAAUGCCAGCAUUUUUCAUGUAGGUAAAACCUGUUGUCAUGUUUGACUGUGGACUGAAACUCUGCCCUGUUACUUGCCGAAUUAUUGUUUUAUUUUUUUUCUGUCUGUACUGGAAGGCAGUUGUCUUGGACCAUCACUAGAGGGCGCCUCCAUAACAUGCCAUUAGUCUGAGGAGUAACCAUUUUAAUUUCCAUUGUGCUCCUAUGUCCAUGCUUUUUUUUUAAGUGCUUGUGGCAAUGACCCAGUCAGAGGAUAAUAUUGUGUCAUUUGAGAUGGUGCAAUAAUCUCCUGUACAACUCAUAGAUGGUGUUAAUAAGCACUCUUGUAGAUCUUUUGGUCUUUUUAAAUCUCAUGUAGGACAAAUGUUCAUCUGAUGACUGUUUAGUUUAAGCUUAUCUGCUGCUCUUUUGCACUGUAAGCACUUAACUAAGUUUCUCAGACCCAGAACUACAAUAUUAUAAUUCCACUGAAGGAAACCUUCAGCCUAAAUUUUCCAUAGAAAUGCUUUUAUUGAAAGAUGAUGCAUUUCCUGUGUUUGGGUAACUUCACGUUUGUUGAUCUUCUCUGUGUUGCUGUGUACUACAGUGUUUUUGUGGAGGGAUGCAAGUUUGUGUCUGAUGUCUAGCACUGGUGUGGAUUGUUAUCAGGCAGACAUUUGUCUAGGAAGUGUAUUAUUUUCUUUUCUUUUUUUGAAAUAAAAACAUUAAACCUCA